UGUACAUAAUUUAGAUUUUAAUUGCAUUUGAAUACACCGAGUGGGAGGGAACAUGGUCAAAUACAUGAACGAGUAUACAGUAAACAUUUGGUUUUAAAACCCAAGCUGGUUUUGGUUUUCACCAUUGUUUGCAAGAACAGAAAUGGCGCGACGCUUCUCUCAACUACCCUCUCUCUUCAAAACUACCAAAACUUAUUUUCAUACUCCAAAAUCAUAUCUCAGAAUACCCAGUAAACAAUCGAACUCUCUUUUCUUCAUCGGCUCAAGAACCCGAGUAAAGGAUUCAUCUUUCCCAUUUGCACAAGCAUCUCGAUCGUAUGCUAGAGGGAAACAACCUCAUUACAAUCUCUUCAGCAAUGGGAAGCCCGGAGACAAGAAAUUUCGAGAAGCAUGGGGAAAGAAAAUCGACGAAGACGAUUGUCUCUGGACAGGAAGCGAAGAAGACGAAAGUGACACAGAAACCCAAAAAACCAAUCUCAAUGAAGAAAUCAAAAAAGUCAAACAACAAGCGGAAGACCACUCGAAUCUCAUCGAUGGCGACGACAGUGACGAAUUAAGAAGCGUAUGGUCUGGAAGCGACGAAGAGAAAACCCUCUGGACAGGUAGUGAAGACGACGACGAUGACGACAUCCCGACAGACCCUUACCCUAACGAAUCCAGCGAUGCGUAUUUAGACAAACUAUUCGAAUUUGAUGAAAAACCAAAGUAUCGGACAAUUUCCGAGCUUUUGAAAUCCGAAGAACAAGAACAGGAAGAAUUAUCUCCGGGAAAGCAAGCGAGAAAACUUGCGGUUGAAAAUGCUUUGAAGAAACUGAAGAAAGGAGCCGAUGGGCGUUAUGUUAAUGUGUGGGAAGUGAUGAGUGAUUUGGAUAUUUUGAUUGGUGCUUUUGAGAAUAUUGUUUCUGGACCUGAAUAUGAAGAGUUGAGAAAAGGUGGACCUAAGAAAUUGAAUAUGGAGUUUUUUAAAGAUAUACAGAAGAGAAUGAGGGAUCCGAAUUAUAAAUUUUCGCCCGAGUUGAAGCUGAAACCGAAGAGUAAAGUGGUUCCAAGAAAGAAAUGGCAGAAGGCACAGUCUAGAAGAAGGAAAGCACAGAAGCGUUAGGCAUAUGACGUUCUAUGACAAUAUAUUGCUUUCUAUGGCAUUUUGAAAAUUUGAAAGUUCGAACAAGUUGUGCGUUUGAAAUCAUUAAAACGACACCACUACAUAGGCCAAAAGAAUAUUUUUGUUCGAAAACUUUUGUCGGGUUCAAAAUUGCAAACAACUUGUUACAGAAAAGCAUGUUCGAAAAUGAUAAUGAAGUCUGGAAAUUUAGAAAAAAAAGCAUUUUAAGUACUACCUUUUUUUCUUUAGAAACUAGAAUUCAAAAAUUACAAUUUUCCAACUCCAUGAUUAUCUUGGUGAAUUCAUAAUAAAUUGUUUAAUUU